CUGGCGGCGGCGCGGCGCGGCGGCCGGGAUCCCGGAGCAGGAGCGGAGCGGCGCGGACCGGGGCGGAGCGGGCCGAGCGGGCCGAGCCAGCAGCCGAGCUGGGGGCGCGGGCGGGCGGCAUGUACCGGGCCCGGGCGGCGCGGGCGGGGCCAGAGCCCGGCAGCCCGGGGCGCUUUGGGAUCCUCAGCACCGGGCAGCUCCGGGACCUGCUGCAGGACGAGCCCAAGCUGGACCGGAUCGUGCGGCUCAGCAGGAAGUUCCAGGGCCUGCAGCUGGAGCGCGAGGCCUGCCUUGCCUCCAACUACGCGCUGGCCAAGGAGAACCUGGCGCUGCGGCCCCGACUGGAGAUGGGCCGUGCUGCCCUGGCCAUCAAGUACCAGGAGCUGCGAGAGGUGGCCGAGAGCUGUGCCCACAAACUACAGCAGCUGGAGGAUGGCGUACAUCGCUGGAGCCCCCACUGUGCUCUGGGCUGGCUGCAGGCUGAGCUGGAAGAGGCUGAGCAAGAGGCUGAGGAGCAGAUGGAGCAGCUGCUGCUGGGGGAGCAGAGCCUGGAGGCCUUCCUGCCCGCCUUCCAGCGCGGCCGCGCCCUGGCGCACCUGAGGCGGACCCAGGCCGAGAAGCUGCAGGAGCUGCUGCGCCGCCGCGAGCGCUCCGCCCCGCCGCCCCCCGCCGCCGCCGACCCCCCUAAACCCUUCCCGCCUGCAGCCGUUCUACCCACCGGGGCCGCCCGGGGGCCUCCAGCAGUGCCGCGGAACCUGCCUCCCUUGGACUCCCGCCCAGCGCCCCCUCUCAAGGGCUCCCCCGGGUGCCCCCUGGGCCCAGCCCCUCUGCUGAGCCCUAGGCCCUCGCAGCCAGAGCCCCCCCACCGGUAGGAUCCAGGGUAUGCCCCCUCAAGGGGGGGCUCCCGACUUAGUUGAUGCGUGGCUCCUCCCCCCCCCACUGCCUGGGUGGGGGGAGGGGCAGGCCCCUCCCCCGGCCUCCCCAGGUCCUGGAGGAUCACCCCUUAGGCGCCGGAGACAAGCAGGGUGGGUGGGCUGGGAUGAGGCCUCUGGCGCUGAACAACUUUUGGGGUAGGAGACCCGGGAAAGAGCUUUCCUCCUGGGGGGGCCUGGGAAGAUGCCCGCUCCCCCCCAAGGGGCCCCGCCUGGGGGGGCCUGUCGCACCCCGCCACUGCACAGAGCUCUCCUCUCUCCCUGCAGACCCGGGGCCUGCGCCCUAGGAGCUGGGUGGGGGCUCCAAGCUGCAGGUCAGGGCCGCUGGGCCCCCCCCUCGUGCUCCAGACCCCGGGGCAGGGGAGCCCAGGGCCUUGUGACCUACACGGGUGAGAGUGGGCCACCCCCCCAAAGGCCGUUCAUUAUUUUUCUGUCCCGGUCUCUGUAGAAUGGAAGCGUUUGGAGGGCAGGUCCUUGUCUUUGUAUGUUCUGUCCCUAGCCCCGCCUCCCAGGGGCCGUCAAUAAAUGUGCUGAUGAGG